AAACAUCCGGUUAGACGAGCAGGUCGUGAGCUGCUCGGUGACCCGUGUGUUUGUUGUCGGAACCAGUGCUUUGGUUCUGUUCUGUUUGGGUUGUAAAGAGUUUAUUUAGUUAAAAAUGUUGUUGAGACGUUCACCGUGUCUGAAUUCAAGCUUCACUGCUCUGCGCCUGUUUCCGGCCCGGUUCUGCAGCUCUGACCGAACCGCUCAACGGGACAGAACCACAAAGAGAGCCGGCUUCAGGCCCGAGCCCAGCUCCACACACGACUGGAUCGGACCCCCCAACCCGCUGUCCAACCUGCGGCCUGUCGUCUACCGAGUCMCCCCCAACGAGUCGGACCUGCAGAGGCAGCUGAGGACGCUGAGGCAGGAGACCGAGGACUGGAACCAGGACUUCUGGACCAGACAGAACCUCAGCUUCAGCGAGGAAAAAGAAGCGUUCAUCCUCUCCCAGCUGAAGGCUAAAGGCUUGACUCUGCGUGAUGAAGAAGGAAGACGUCGGGCUCUGAGCACUGAGGAGAUGGCUCAGUUCUACAAAAGCUUCCUGGACAGAAACAGAACCCGACACGCUGAUUACAACAAAGAGUGGUACCGACGGAACUUCAGCAUCACGCUGCUGAUGGCCCGGGUCGCUCUCAGCGGGCUGUGGAGGACCGCCCUGGAGAAGAGGAGCAGCCGUCCCACCACGUGAUGAAGAGGAGCAGCCCCUCCCACCACCACGUGAUGAAGAGGAGCAGCCCCUCCCACCACGUGAUGAAGAGGAGCAGCCCCUCCCACCACGUGAUGAAGAGGAGCAGCCCCUCCCACCACGUGAUGAAGAUAAAUUCUCCUGUUUUUAUCUGCUGCUGAGAGAACUCCAGCGGUCAUAUUUUAUGCAGAAAGUCUGAACUUUGUAA